UACAUUUUUUAAAUAUAAAUUAAUUUUAAUGAAUAUUAUCUUCCGUAAUUAUGACAGAUUUGAACUCGAUCAAAUAUCAGAGGUAACAGAAAUUGAUCAACCAAAACCAUUAUUAUCGAUUGUCACCGGAGAACCCUUUGGUCCAAGAGUUCAUUAUGUCAGGGAAAAAGAGGAAGAUGAAAGUUCAGACGACGAACCAGAAUCAGAAGGAGACGACGAUAUGAGAUUUUUGAAAGAUGACGUGUCCGAUGUUUCCUCUGAAUUUUGGAUAAUGCAAAAGUUAAUCAAAUAUAUGAAAGCUGGAAAUCAAACUGCUACCACAAUAUCUUUGUGUCUACUUAAAGAUUACGAUCUUACAAGCAGAGUAAUUCAAAAAGCUAUUGAAAAAAUGGGAGGAUUGGAAAUUUUAGUUAAUCUUUUGGAAACUAAUGAUAUCAAAUGUCAAAAUGGAUCUUUGUCUGUGUUAAUUUUAAUAGUAACUUCAAGUGAAAUGCGUCGUGCUCUUAUUGAUUAUGGUAUUGUGACAUCGCUCAUUCAUUUACUUAAACAUCCUAUUAGAGACAUUCAAAUACUAGCUGCUGAAAUUAUGGCUGUUAUUGCACAAGUAAGAAAAGCUAGAAAACAAAUUAGAGUUCGUGGUGGUAUACCUCUAUUACUGGACAUUAUGGAUAUACCGGAUAAUAUUCUUCACCGUUCUUUUGACGAAUUAAAUAAUGUUCAAAAAGAGUUAAUCGCUGUUGCUAUAGGCGGUGCUAAAGUAUUAAACUCUAUAGCGGUGAGCCCAAAAAUAAAAGUAGAACUUCAAAAACAUGGAGUUGUUCUACUUAUGGCACGUUUUUUAAAGAGCCGUCACACUGAUUUAAUAAUUCCUAUCAUGGGAACAGUGCAGCAAUGUGCAGAUCUGACAGUGUGCAGAUUGGCUUUUGAACAAAUGGGUAUUAUUGCCGACAUUGUAUACCAUUUGAAAGAUGAAGAUAUGAAAUUGAAAGAAAAUUGUGCCUUAGCUAUAUUCAAAUGCGCAAUAAAUAAAACAACUAAUAAUAUGGUUAGAGAGGCUGGUGGUUUGGAUCCUUUAUGUAAACUCAUACAAUCUCAGGAUGUCUGCGCUAAUAAACGUUUAUUAGCUGCAGUAACGGGUGCUAUUUGGAAAUGUGCUGUAAGUCCGGAAAAUGUAACAAGAUUUAAUCAGAACAAUUUAAUAGCAUUUCUAGUUCCUCUUCUUCAAGAAAAUGAAGAUGAAGAUGUUUUAUCUAAUGUAGUCGGAGCAUUAGCUGAAUGUUGUAAGGAUCCCAUAAAUAGAGGAAUCUUAAGAACACAUGAUGGAUUACCUAAGUUAAUCAAAUUGCUGUGUUCUACUUAUGAACCGUUAUUAGAAAAUAUACCAUUGGUAUUAAAAGAAUGUGCAGAAGAUGAACAAUGCAUGGAUAUUAUUAAUGAUCCUGGACAUAAAUUAGAUGGUGUUAGAUUAUUAUGGUCUCUAUUAAAACAUCCAAGUGAUGUUAUCAAGACAAAUGCUUGUCUUGCUUUAGUUCCGUGCAUCAAAUACGCUAAAGAUUCUCCUGAAAUGGUGCGAGCUUUUGUAGGUGGAUUGGAACUUACAGUCAGUCUUUUGAAUAGUACCAAUCCUAAAGUACUAAGCGCUGUUUGUGCUACAAUAGCUCAAAUUGCAUUAGAUCCUGAAAAUCUUGGUAUUUUAACUGAUCAUGGAGUGGUGCCUAAAUUGGCUAGUCUUGCUAAGACAGUUAAUAAUAAUUUAACAAUAAGACUUGGAAAUUCUAAUUAUCAAUAUUUACAUAUUUUUAAUAUUUUCUUGUUUCUUUUUAAGGAAAAUGAGGAUCUUAGAACUAAUCUAACUUUAGCUAUCGCAUAUUGCUGUGAAUGGGGUAAGAAUAGUUCUGAGUUUGGUAAACUUAAUGCAGUUGCUCCUCUUGUCGGUUAUAUGAACAGUAAAAACAAAACUGUCCUCAAAGGAGUCUGUAUUGCAAUGUAUCAUUUAAGUAAAGACCCUAUGAACUGUGUAACCAUGCAUAGCUGUGGCAUUAUAAAGCACGUAUUACGAUUGGUCGGUUCGGAGGAUCCAGAAGUACAAAUAGCUGCUGCUAGUACGAUUCGACAUAUUAGAAAACUUGCAUUAACAGCUGAAAAAUUACACUUCAAAGACAUAAACUUACUUCAAGACACAGACUACCAAUCCUAAAGUCGAAUGAAGUUAAAGCAUAUUAAAACAUAAUUAAAGCAACU